GUCAAAAUCAAAUGUGUUGGAUUUCGAUCACUGUUUUUGUUUGACUUCGCUUGAUUUGUCAAAUGGGGGUUUUGACACUAGAAACCCUACUACUAGUGCUGAUGCUGGUGGCAACGUAUUUAAAUGGUUGGGUGAUUGGUCUGGGCUCAAUGUCGUCUAUAGCCAUAUCCUACGGUGAAUAUGGUUCAGCCUUCUGUAGUCUAACAUCGGAUGGCUCGCACCUUGUCACCUGUUACGGUUCCAAUCCGGCUAUCAUGGCUUCCACCCCUUCGCUUGCACGCUUCACCGGGUUAACCGCAGGCAAUGGCUUCGUGUGUGGGCUUUUGAUGAAUAACAGCAAGCCAUUCUGUUGGGGGACUAGUGGGUUCAUAGCCAUGGGUGUUCCUCACCCCAUGCCCGACUUUGCUGAGUUUCUCGAACUCAGUGCCGGAGACCACCAUCUAUGUGGUCUCCGGAAACCCCUAAUGGGCAAGCGCAGAAAUAUUUCGCUUGUCGAUUGUUGGGGUUAUAAUAUGACCAAGAGUCAUGUUUUUCAAGGUCAGAUCCAAUCGGUUUCGGCUGGUUCUGAGUUCAAUUGCGGCUUGUUUUCACAGAACCGUAGCGUGUUUUGUUGGGGAGACGAGACUAGUAGCGGUGUGAUUAGUCGUGUUCCGAGGAAUGUCAAGUUUAGGAAGAUAUCGGCUGGCGGUUAUCAUGUUUGUGGGAUAAUUGAAGGUAUUGAAUCGAAUGUGUCGUGUUGGGGGACGAGUUGGGAAUCCGAAGAGGAAAUAGUGGUGGUAAUGGCACGGCGAGGCCAAGUCAACGUUGACUCAGCCCCACACGAUGCCAUGCUUUCGGUCGUUGGAGGGCGGUUUCAUGCUUGUGGGAUCAAGAGCUAUAGUCGUGAAGUCGUUUGCUGGGGUUUUCGAGUCGAUAUGAGCACCCAACCCCCGAGAGGAGUUCAACUUUAUGAGAUUGCUGCCGGUGAUUACUUUACUUGUGGUAUUGUGGCUGAUAAAUCGCUUUCUCCCGUCUGCUGGGGUGCCGGUUUUCCGACAUCAUUGCCGCUAGCGGUUCCUCCAGGAGUCUGCCGAUCAAAUAGUUGUGAAAAAGGGUUCUAUGAGUUCAACAACAGCAGUUCAUCGUGCAAAUCACCGGGAUCAAGGAUUUGUUUGCCUUGUGCCAAUGAAUGCCCAUCUCAAAUGUAUGUGAAAUCUGAAUGCACCAAGGCUGCAGAUCGAGUUUGUGAGUAUAACUGCUCAAGUUGCACCUCAAUCGGGUGUUCUUCAAACUGUUCGUAUCCAAACAGUUAUUCCAACAAGAAAAACGAAAGAUUUUGGUCGCUCCAGUUGCCGGUGAUCAUAGGGGAGAUCGUUUUCGGGGUGUUAUUGGUGAUUGUCGUAUCAUUGACGGCAAUCUUUUAUGUUCGUUACAAGUUACGGAACUGUAAAUGCUCAACGAAAGGACUUAAACUCAUGAAAAACAACGGGUUUCAGAAGGAUGGAGGAAAGAUUCAGCCUGAUUUGGACGAGUUAAAGAUCAGACGAGCCCAAGUUUUCAGCUACGAUGAGCUGGAGAGAGCCACCGGAGGAUUUACCGAAGAAUCACAAGUUGGAAAAGGCAGUUUUUCGUGCGUUUUCAAGGGGAUUUUGAAAGAUGGCGUUGUUGUGGCCGUCAAACGAGCGAUUCUUUCACCUGAUAUGAAGAAGAAUUCGAUGGAGUUCCAUAAUGAACUCGACCUAUUAUCGAGAUUGAAUCACGCCCAUUUGCUCAAUCUGCUCGGAUACUGUGAAGAAGGCGAACAACGGCUACUGGUUUACGAGUUCAUGGCUAAUGGCUCACUGCAUCAGCACCUCCACGGCAACCCGAAGGCGUUGAAGGAGCAGUUGGAUUGGGUGAAACGGGUUACAAUAGCCGUUCAAGCAGCUCGGGGAAUUGAGUAUUUGCAUGGUUACGCCUGCCCGCCAGUGAUCCACCGCGAUAUAAAGUCAUCCAACAUCCUCAUUGAUGAAGAACACAAUGCACGAGUGGCUGAUUUCGGGCUUUCGCUAUUAGGUCCGGCGAACAGCAGCUCACCGUUGGCGGAGCUGCCGGCGGGAACCCUAGGGUAUCUAGAUCCAGAAUACUACCGACUUCACUAUCUCACAACGAAAUCUGACGUCUACAGCUUUGGCGUAUUGCUCCUUGAGAUCCUCAGUGGCCGGAAAGCAAUCGAUAUGCAGUUUGAAGAAGGAAAUAUCGUCGAAUGGGCGGUGCCAUUGAUCAAAGCCGGAGAGAUCCACGCGAUUCUGGAUCCCAUCCUAACGCCGCCGUCGGAUCUGGAAGCCUUGAAACGGAUCGCAAAUGUGGCGUGUAAAUGCGUGAGAAUGAGAGGAAAAGAACGGCCGUCGAUGGAUAAAGUGACAACGGCUCUGGAACGAGCGUUAGCGAUGUUGAUGGGAAGUCCGAGCAACGAUCAGCCAAUUUUACCAACAGAGGUGGUUUUAGGAAGCAGUAGAAUGCACAAGAAAUCAUCGCAACGAUCAUCAAACCGAUCGGAAUUAGAAGGUGAUGUCGUCGUGGAGACAGAGGAUCAACGGAUCGAGUUUAGAGCUCCGUCAUGGAUCACGUUUCCGAGCGUGGCGUCAUCUCAGCGGCGGAAAUCGUCGGUUUCCGAGGCUGACAUCGUCGAUCCAAAGAUUUCGGAGAACAAAAACUUUGGUGAUGGAUUGAGGAGCUUGGAAGAAGAGAUUGGACCUGCAUCUCCUCAAGAACACAUGUUCUUACAGCAUAACUUCUGAGUUCUUGAAUCAUCGUUGAUGGAGGAAAUCACAAAAAAGUAAGAUAAAUUUAUGAAAUCAUGGAUUGAAACUUGUUUGUGAAAUCUAAGAUUUUGGUUCAAUUUCAUUGCAUUAAUCUAAAUCACAAACAAAUAUUGAUGCCAAAUUGUUGCUUCUAACUAGGGUUUUUUUAUGCGUUCUUUCGGGAUCGUCAAAUGCAAAGCGCAAACCAUCAAAUUGCGAAACAAACAAAAACGGAACCGUACCGGAUUAAAACUUAAAAUCCACCGUUUUGAAUUCAUGUUGAUAGAAUUUGGUUUUAUCCCAGGUCCCGAAUCGAAUGGUUUGUGUCAGGUCGAGAUUUGAUGAUG